AUGGCUGGUGGAGGCGGUGCUGCGGCCGGCUUCGAUGUCGCGCUCCAAAGGCGUCAGGCCCUCAUGGGCGCGAGUGGACCUGCAGCCCUCGUCAAGAACGGAAAGGUCUUCCUGAUUGCCAUGUUUGCCUGUCUUGGUGGCGUCCUCUACGGAUACAACCAGGGAAUGUUUAGUGGAAUUCUUCAGAUGCCUUCAUUUGGAAAACAGACCGAUGGCUACGUCAACAACGCAACAAAGAAGGGAUGGCUCACUGCCAUCUUGGAACUCGGUGCCUGGUUUGGAGCCAUCAUGUCUGGUUUCGUUGCUGAGGCCGCCUCGCGAAAGUACGGCAUUUUGAUGUCCACGGCAGUCUUCAUUGUCGGCGUCGUCAUCCAAAUAACUGCAAUUGCUGGUGGUCAUCAAGAAAUUUUGGCCGGUCGCUUCAUCACUGGUAUUGGUGUCGGUGCCCUUUCCACCAUCGUCCCCAUGUACAACAGUGAAUGCGCCCCUCCUGAGGUCCGUGGUGCUCUCGUCGCACUUCAGCAACUCGCUAUUACCUUUGGCAUCAUGGUCAGUUUCUGGAUCAACUACGGAACAAACUACAUUGGCGGCACCACGGUCGAAACCCAGUCCAACGCAGCCUGGCUGGUGCCCAUUUGCAUCCAGCUUGUCCCAGCAUUUGUCCUGCUCAUCGGUAUGAUCUGGAUGCCCUUUUCGCCGCGUUGGUUGAUGCACCACGACCGGGAAGACGAGGCCCGCCAAAACCUCGCCUCUCUCCGUAAUCUUCCCACGGACCACGAGCUGAUCGAACUCGAGUUCCUCGAGAUCAAGGCUCAGUCCAUGUUUGAGAAGCGCACCGUUGCCGAGUCGUUCCCCCACCUCACCGAGCAAACUACCAUGAACAUCUUCAAGCUGCAGUUUGUGGCCAUUGCAUCGCUGUUCAAGACCAAGGCCAUGUUCAAGCGCGUCGUCGUUGCCACCGUUACCAUGUUCUUCCAACAGUGGACUGGUAUUAACGCUAUUCUCUACUACGCACCAACGAUCUUCAAGCAGAUUGGACUGACCGGAAACACCAUGUCCCUGCUUGCCACUGGUGUCGUCGGAAUUGUCAUGUUUAUUGCCACAAUCCCAGCCGUUUUGUACAUUGACAAGCUCGGCCGCAAGCCCGUUCUCUCCAUGGGCGCCCUCGGCAUGGCCUUCUCGCACUUUGUCAUUGCCAUCAUUCUCGCCAAGAACAUCAACCAAUUCGAGUCCCACAAGGCCGCCGGAUGGGCCGCCGUCGUCAUGGUCUGGCUAUUCGUCAUCCACUUUGGAUACUCCUGGGGUCCUUGCGCCUGGAUUCUGAUUGCCGAAAUCUGGCCCCUGUCUACACGUCCCUACGGUACCGCGCUCGGCGGCUCCUCCAACUGGAUGAACAACUUCAUCAUUGGACAAAUCACGCCCGAUCUCCUCGAAAACAUUACAUACGGCACUUACAUCCUCUUUGGCCUCAUCACCACGCUCGGCGCGGCCUUUAUCUGGUUCCUCGUCCCGGAGACCAAGCGCCUGACUCUUGAGGAGAUGGACACUAUUUUCGGCAGCGAGGGUGCCGCCCUCAGGGACCAGGAGCGCAUGGAGGAAAUCAACAGAGAGCUCGGUCUGACCGGCCUUGCAGGCGACGCCUCAUCGGGCGUCGAGCACGACACAAAAGUUGUAAGCACGGAGAAGGAUGUUGUCUAAAUCAAUCCGUGUAUGUGAUAGCCGUGUUGGAGAAAGCCCAAACAGAGAGCUUUCACCCUUUCUGCUUUCACAGCCUGGGGAACUCUUGUGUUUUUCCAACGCGGACUUAGCCCGGAAAGAAAGAAAGAAAGAAAGACGAAGAAGGAAAGUAAGGGGCAGCAGAGUAAUAAGCAAAAUUGAGCUUGUUUCUUAAGCAUCCCUUUUCUUCCUCAUCUUCACACUUCUACUCCUCUCUCCGCCAAUCUUUAUUAAUCAAAUGUUUUACAUGUUCCCUGUACAUAAUGAAAAAUGGCCACAAAAUGAACAAACG